AGGGUGUAGUAUUUUGUCCCGGAGGUUGGGCUCUGAUCGGUGGUCGAUGUUUCAGAUACGUUCCAGAUGCCCUGACUUGGGCUGAAGCUGAGAAGAACUGCUUGUUUAACGGAGCAAAUCUGGCGUCUGUGCACAGUCCUGAGGAGUACAGAGACAUCCUUGCCGUCACCCACAGAUCAGGAAGAACCUGGAUCGGAGGCUCUGACUCAGCUCAG